AUGGUGAAUACGAAUAUGGAGAGCACUGCCGAAUAUAUUGGUAUUGGAGCACAGGUUCAGAGGCAGGACUCCAAGAGCUCAUGCUUCAUCCUGACCAGCUUCGUCAAGGGAGGAGCGGCAGAGUCUUGCGGGAUGUUGAGAGAAGGAGAUGAAUUGCUGACUGUAGACAAGAAGGAUGUGAGAUGCAUGGACCAGCGCGAGGUGGAGCAGCAGCUGAUGGGACCGGAAGGCUCUCAUGUGCAGCUGAAGAUAGUAAGGGAUGGCAGGCAUGUGUUCACUGCAUGCUUAGAGCGGCACAAGCCGAUCCUCGUCAAGCCAAGAGAAGUGCCGAGUGGACGGGACGUGGCGCCAAGAGCGGAAGAUUUGAACAUCAGCGAGAGGAUCUACUCAGGGAUGGCAAAGAUCAAUGCGGUGAAGUACAAGCUGCCGGAGAAGCGACUGACGCCGGAGGAAGUGAAAGAAUGGAGGAGGAAGCACGAUGCAGAGAUUGCAAGGAAUGACAAGAUGGCUCAGCAAAUGCACGAUGCUCGCUUAAGACGGCAUGCGGAGAUAGGAGUCCUGCAAAGGGAGCUCAACGAUCUUGUUCGGCAGAAAGCUCCCUUCGCAAAGAUCCUCGAGUACGAGAACUGGAUCAAGCGGCUGGAGCUGGAGGAUGAGUUUGGGCCAGGAUGGGUCGCAGAAGUUGACACACUUGAGCUACAAACAGAGGCGGAGGAGAGGUUGGUCAAGUUGAAAGAAAUCUUGAAGCUUCUGCUCUCCUCUGAAGAAGGAGAGGGCGGAGAAGGGAGGAUAGCUGAGAUCGCUGCGAUCAGCUCGAAGAUCAAGGAGAAUGAAACCAUUCUCUCUCGUGUUCGCAAGAACCUCGGCCUUGCCAGCGUAUCUUCGGUGGAGCCACAUCAAUCUGCAGCGACUGGAGGGGAUGGGGAGGAGGCAGUUGCAAGAGAGUCGAGUAAGGAUGAAGCUGCGGAAAAUCAGCCAUCCGAGAAACGCAAGAAGUUGGUGUCAUCUGAGGUAGCCGCGGAUCUUGGCAACAGGUGGAAAUCGCACGAAGCGGAGCCAAGACAGGCUGGCGUCAACAACACAGAGCGCUAUCGCAAGCUUGUUCAACGUGCACAUUAG